AUGUCUCUCACCGAUACGCAGAGCCCCGAAUACCAACGGGGCGUCAACGACGCGGAGAGGCAUCGCAGGGCGACAGAGGAAAACUGGAUACGGCCCGCCCUCGGCCCCAUAGUAUGGCUCGGCGUGCCCUUCUUGCUGGCGUGGAUGUAUAUGCGUCGUGUCUCGCUGGGCAGUCCGCUCGGCAGCGGAUCCGCCAGCGGCAGCAGCAACCCUUUCACGAGCAUGAUGGAGCAGAUGAUGCCUGUCAAGAAGCGGCAGUUUCGCGUCGACGUGAAGGGCACAAAGUUCUCCGACGUCGUCGGCAUCCCGGAGGCGAAGGCCGAGGUGCGCCAGUACGUCGACUUCCUCACAGAACCGAACAAGUUCACUCGGCUCGGGGCGCGACUGCCGAAGGGGUGCCUGUUGACGGGGGAACCCGGCACAGGCAAGACAUUGCUAGCCAAGGCCGUCGCCGGUGAAGCGAAUGUGGCUUUCUUUAGCUGCAACGGUGCGGACUUUAUUGAGCUCAUCGGUGGCAGUGGCCCAAAGCGGGUGCGUGAGCUCUUCGAGGAAGCGCGGGCGGCCGCGCCGGCGAUCAUCUUCAUUGAUGAAAUCGACGCCAUCGGCUCCCGCGCUGGCAAGCAGGGCGGCUCCGUCAGCAGCGAGGAGAACCGCACCAUCAACCAGCUGCUCGCCGAGUUGGAUGGGCUCAGCACGAGCGCCGAUCCCAUCGUUGUGCUGGCGGCCACGAAUUUCCAGGACAACAUCGACAAGGCGCUGCUGCGCGAGGGCCGCUUCGACCGAAAAAUUGCCAUCGAGAUGCCCGACCUCUCAGCCCGUCGCGAGCUCUUCGAGCACUAUCUCCAGCGCAUCUGCACCGGUGACCCAAACGGCCGCACAAAGGACGAGAACGGCAAGGAGCUGACGCUAGACACCAGCGUGAGCAACAAGGCGCUGGCAGACCAGCUGGCGGACCUCACGCCGGGGCUGUCGCCGGCCACGGUGGCCACGGUCGUAAACGAGGCGGCACUGCAGAGCGGAAUAGCCGGUAAGCCGCUCGUGCAGCUGCCGGGUCUGCUGGAGGCAUUGGACAACACGCUGAUGGGCCGUAAGCACCGCAAUCGCCAGAGCGACCAAUCGGCUCGCCGCACCGCGAUUCACGAAGCCGGUCACGCCCUGACGGCGUGGAUGUUGCCGAUCGUGCAGAAAGUGUUGAAGAUCAGCGUCACCCCGCGCGGGCACGCGAUGGGCUACACGCAGCGCGCCGGGACUGAGUUUCACGAAUAUCAAACGAACGCGACGCUCUUCGCCGACAUGGUGGUCAUGCUCGGCGGCCGCGCCGCAGAGGAGGUGAUGCUAGGCGACGUGUCGGCCGGUGCGAUGGACGACUUACAGCGGGCCACCGACGUGGCGCUCAAGCAGAUGCUGGCGUUUGGCAUGAGCACACACACGGGGCUGCUGUCGUACCACCCCGAUUACACUCAAGCAGGGCGCGACUUCACAACCUUUUCCAACGAGGCCCAGUACCGCGCCGAACUGGAGGCGCAGAAGCUGCUUGCAGCCGCCCACUCCACCGCCGUGGACAUCAUCAAGCGGCACAAGGACAAAAUGGAGAUUAUGGUGAAGGCGCUACUGGAGAAGAAGGAGCUUUCCACUCGCAACAUCGAGGAGCUCUGGGGCCCGCGGCCGUCGACGCCGACGGUGGAGGACAUUGUGCACAAGGUCAUCGAGGUGACCGGCAGCUACGCCGAGAUCACCGCGACCGUUGGUCCGGCGGCGGCAGCGGUGGUGACGCCGAGCAUUGCGGGAGUGUAUUAG